CCCGCCUCUGUAAAGAUGGCAGCGGUGUCGGUGUUUCCCGGCGUGCGGCUCCUUAGUAUUGGGGACGCGAACGGGGAGAUCCAGAGACACGCGGAGCAGCGGGAGCUAAGGCUAGAGACCCGGGGAGGGGAGAUAGCACUGUAUAACGCAGAGAAUGUCUGCGUUUUUAAAUGUACGGUCACGCGAGAAACAGAGUGCAGUCGUGUUGGAAAACAGUCAUUCAUCAUCACUUUGGGCUGUAACAGUGUUCUGAUUCAGUUUGCUACUCCAGCAGAUUUCUGCUCUUUCUAUAACCUCAUUAAGAAUUGUCAAUGUCAUAUUGAGAAAAGUGUCUUCAGUGAGCGGACAGAAGAAUCUUCUGCAGUGCAGUACUUCCAGUUUUAUGGCUAUUUAUCACAGCAGCAAAACAUGAUGCAGGAUUAUGUCAGAACAGGGACGUACCAGAGAGCAAUCUUACAGAACCACACUGACUUCAAAGACAAGGUGAUCUUGGAUGUAGGCUGUGGCUCUGGUAUUCUGUCAUUCUUUGCAGUUCAGGCUGGUGCCCGCAAAGUAUAUGCAGUGGAAGCUAGUUCAAUGGCUCAGCAUGCAGAGCUGUUGGUGAAAAGUAAUAAUCUGCCUGAUCGCAUUGUCGUGAUACCGGGAAAAGUCGAAGAAGUGUCCCUCCCAGAGCAGGUGGACAUCAUUAUCUCAGAACCCAUGGGCUACAUGCUGUUUAAUGAGAGGAUGCUAGAGAGUUACCUGCAUGCAAAAAAGUUUCUAAAACCCAAUGGUAACAUGUUCCCCACGAUUGGAGAUGUUCACUUGGCUCCUUUCACUGAUGAACAGCUUUAUAUGGAGCAGUUUACAAAAGCAAACUUCUGGUAUCAGCCGUCUUUUCAUGGAGUAGAUCUGUCCGCUCUCCGUGGUGCUGCUGUGGAUGAGUAUUUCAAGCAGCCGGUUGUGGACACUUUUGAUAUUAGAAUCCUAAUGGCCAAAUCUGUGAAAUAUACAGUAAAUUUUCUAGAUGCCAAAGAGACAGAUCUGCACAG